UAUUUCAAACUCCUUAUUCUGAGUAUUGACGGAAAAUUCGGAAAAUCUUUUUGGGAAAAGUGAAACGCUGAAACUAGGUUGUGAGGUGUUGUGUUAUUCAAUUUUACAGUUUUUACUUGCUCCUGGGGGCUUUAGGCGAAUAAUCAUGGUCUGAGGACUUGCUUAGGAAGUCCCAUAGAUGGGCAAAACCUUAAAACAUGACGGACAAAACAUGUAGGGCAAUGUAAGAUCAUGGAGGAAAAAGGGGUUUUAUUCCGUAAAAAUGACUGAAUGUGGUUAGAUUUGCUGAAGCAGCCGAUGGAUAUGGAAGACCCGGAAAUUAUUGCCCGCGAGCUGAGCUGUUCGCCGCUGCUCAAUGAUGAAGAAGAAGAACUUUUAUCGCCGAUAGGCCUAGACCCCGAGGACCUCACCUUCGAUGGCGCGUCGCACGACAUCCCGGAGUGCUCGCAGCACUCACUGCUGGCGCCGGGGCCGCUGCCGCCCGCUGUGGACUCCUCGCUGCUCGCCGACCACUCCGUGGCCGAGGGGGCCGUCAGCAUCAAUGUCAGGGGGGACAACUUUCAGCACAACAAGUUGUUUCCGGAGGGGUUCCUGGACGGCGGCGACAGUCUGCUCGACAUGUUCGAGGUUCGCGCCGCCAGCACACGGAGUGGUGACAAGAAACAUCAAGAAGUUAAAACUGGGAAUGGGCACAGCGUCGAUGGCACACGAUACUUCAAAAACUUACACCUGAAAGAUAACAAAUUGAUCAAAAACGACAAUACGAAAACGACGAAUGUAAAAAGUGCUGAAAAAGAAAAAGUAUUUUUCGGAGGUUCGCGACAUAAAACCAAUAACUUUAACCAUAACAAGAAUAUUGUAUCCAAGUCGAUAGGCUCCAAAGGAAAAGAAUACUUCAAGUCUAUUCUCAAUAUACCGAAGAAACUAGACGCUACCAAAAUAGAUCCACUAUUUAAAGUGCCUCAGAAGAAAAAUAUACAAAGUAAGGGAGGUAAACUAUAUGGAAAUAAGAACAUAACAUCACUUAACACUGCCUUAGUUAAUAAACAACACAUAAAUAACAAAGAUACCUCAUCUACUAAAAUAUAUAACCAUAAAGACCUUAAGACUGCUGUAGAAAGCAAUGUGAUACAUAAAAGUGAAUUAAAUCAUGUUUUGGAUAAAAAUACCGUUUUAAAAGAAGAAAAUACAGUUUUGACUAUUGACAAUGCUAAUAUUGUCACUGUGGACGCACCGAGUGACACCAUAGAGUACAUUACAUUCAUCAAUGUCAAAGAAGAACUGGCUAAUCAAGACAACACAAAUAAUCCAACCAUCAAAUCUGAACAAGAUUCAAUAGUCACAGUGAACACGAAUUUAAUUAUAAUAGAACACUCUGAAAUAGCCUUGAAAGAAGACAUCGAAUUCUUCGAAAAUUUUACCGUAAAAGACGACAACAAUACCGCAGGAACAAAACCUAAAGCCGCCGCUAAUCCAGACAAAGAAGUGCAGCACAUUUUGUCUGACAAACGCAGCAAAACAAAAAAAGACCAAAUAAAAGUGUUUGGUUGCUGCGACCACUGCAGCCGCGCCUUCCGCAGCCGGCGCUCGCUCAUCGAUCACCUGUCCCGCUCGCACUCGCCGCCCGCCGCCUACUGCUGCCCGCACUGCCACUACCGCUGCGUCUCGCUCGCACUCUUCACCAAACAUUCAGUCCUGCACGACGAGUCCCGCCCGUUUCAGUGCGAUUUCUGCAGCUAUAGAUUUCUAACCAAUCAUAACUUGCGAAGUCAUUUACAAACGCAUAUGAAUAAGCGAGCUUACUCGUGUCCGCUGUGUGAUAAAACGUACACGCGGCGCUACGACCAGAAGAAACACAUGCGAAUGCAUGACGACAACCGACCGUAUGAGUGCACUGAAUGCGAUGCUAAAUUUACCCAGUCGAGUACACUGCGCUCGCACAUGCGCUUACACACGGGGGAGAAGUCGCACACGUGCAAUGUUUGCGAGAGAAAAUUCGUCGACACGAGCAAAUUGAAGAAACACAUGCGUUCACAUACAGGCGAGAGGCCGUACGAGUGUGAAGUUUGCAAGAAAAGGUUUAGGCAGACGUCGGACUUGUACCGCCAUAAGCGAACGCAUACAGGCGAGAAGCCUUAUAAAUGCAGUAGUCUGUUCGAUUAUUACGGUUACAUGGAAGAGGCGUGUGAGAGACAGUUCUCGCGCAAGUAUGACUUGGUGAAACACGUCAAAAUGUCGCACGACAAUCUGCUGAGCGACGCCGACAUACACUCCUACCAUCUCACGUAUAAUAAAGCUAUAGCGUCGAACUAAACAAACGCACUUGAUGACUUGAUAGCAGGAUAGGGUUGCCAGUUCAGUUAAGUACUUUAUAAAUUGUAAAAAUUGCAAUAGUGGAUCAUACUGUUCUCAGGUUUCAUUUUUAUCCAUAAAGUAAAAUUCUACAAUUUAUUACAAUAAAUUAUUGCCAUAUUGUAGAUUUUACAAAAUGGAAAUACUAUCGAACAAACUCGAUUUUGCACCCUUACGGACAAGUUAUAAGAUCUAUUUAUUAAUUUCCACAUGACAAACGAUUGUAGAUUUUGAAUGCAGUGCAAUAAGGACCAUUCAGGGGACUUUAUGUGAAACGAAGUAUUUAUACCGUAAGUGAUCGUAUUCAGCCAAUAUUUAACACUAAUUACCAGAGGCUAAAACGAAAUAAAACACGUAUUUCUGUAUUUGAUUAGUAAUUAUACACAUAGCUAUUUAUUUUCAUUUGUGACGUAGCUAAAUAGUAUUUAAAGAUUUAAAAAACACAAGCAAUAUACCCGUAAAAUUUAGUCGUAAAGGA